GGUGCUGAGGUGCACCGGAGUCCUGUUUCCGGCGGUUGCUCAUAAAAUUUAAGCAUUGCGGCAACUUAAGCCUAACAAAAUGGCCUGCCUGCUCUUCCGUUGCCAGAACAUCUUGCCACGCAUCCUGGAGACGACGCCGGCGGGCAUCUCGCGGGGCCAGCUGCAGCACUUCGGGCAGCUCAUCAAUAGCGGCAAAUUCCAGCAGUACGACUACCGCUCCCCCCGGCUAAAUACGCUGCGAUAUGGCCAGGCCACGCCCCCCUCCUACCAGCUGGCCAAUGUGCGCCUGCAGCUGCAGAUCUUCCACGGCAGCAGGGACGCGCUGUCCAGCCUGGCGGAUGUGCAGCGCCUGGCCAGAGAGCUGCGGAACAGCGUCACGCAGAUGUAUCAGUUUGUAAUACGAAAAACAAUCUGAAUCGAACUACAAAGAAAAACAUGGAUAAA